AUCGCGCCCUUUGUUACUCCUUUUCUUAAGCGCUGAGUAGCUUAACUGGUGGAGUUCGAGGUGCACUGAACACACCCUGCUUCUGCACGUGCCCUCUCCCCAGUGGUGCUGGAGUUCCAUUGGCAUGUUCAUGCUAAUUCUCCCUCUCCCUUUCUGCACAUGAACAGGAUAUGGAGUGGAGGCUUGGCUGUGUGAUUCUGAUGUGGCUCCAAAAACAUGGAAAGUUGUACAUUUCCAGGAAGUGGAACUCUACAAUUUGAAUGUGAAAUGAGGACCGCCUUCGGGAUCGCCUGCUAGCAUGUGUGUUUCCUGGACCGAUACAGAAAAGUGCUGCAGCCAUAGAAUGCUGAAGAGAAAAGGUCAGUAUCACUGUACACAUGGUCAGCUGAGCAGUGAUUAGAAAAUAUUGUACUGCUACAGUAUUUUACAUUAGAUUUUACUACCAAAUAUUACAUUUGAAUAAAAUAAGCUUGACUUUGAUUAGUCUGCAUUUUGUAUAGUAAGCUGGUUUGUGGAUAGAUAUUCCUUAGUCUGCUUCCGUUUUGUGUUCUGUGAUUUUUCUAGAAUAUGUGAAAGUACUUGUGGAAUAAACUUUAAUCUAAUCAAAACUGUUGUCAGUUGUCUUCUGUUUUAUGCACACCCUUUUACUUCACACCCUGAUCUUCAGGGAACUGAUCUGUACUGCAAGUCUGUAAGAUGUCCACUGUUACUGGGGAAAAACAGUGGGCAGUUUCUUAUCCUUUUAGGAAAGGGCGAAAUUUCAGUUAUUUAUACCUUCUGUUUCAGAUUACUUGUACGUGAUAUUCCUCAAAUUACAUAGUUGUCAAAUAUGAUCACAAGUGUCUCAAAUCCCUUCACCAAAUAUGGAUGGGAGCUUGUAGUGUUGCAAAAAGCUGACACUAGCCUCUGGUUUACCCUGGCUGAGGGAACUACACAAUUGACUUGAUUUCUAAACAUCCUGAGGGAACUUGGACCUUUUUUGUAUAAUGAGCUACCAAUUUCAUUGCCUGCUUAAAUUACACAAUCAUUUUACAUAUGAGGAUCCUUUUCCCCCUGUAUGUUUUGCAGCAGAUGGUGAUUCGAUAUAUCGUGCAUACUUCACAUCCUCAUGCACGAAAUUGCACGUAGUAUGAACUUGUAGGUAUCCAUAUCCCGCUUGCUUGCAAAAGCAUCGAUUCUUUUAAACGCCUUCACUUCCCAGGUGCCCCUUGCGGUUUUCCGUUACUUGGAAUUCCGUGACCGCAAUUCCUUCCGGUUUCCAGGUGUUACCUAGCAGCUUUAUUUACCCGCAGAUGAAUGUGUACCAGUUUGAGUCAUGGGUGAAACUGGCGGGCGCGACGUUCCGAAAAGGGAAAGCGAAGGUUAUCUUACCACUAAGCCGAACGGCACCGCUCAGCUGUGCGAAAAGCCAACUGGAGUUUGCAGCGUCUUUGCGAUAUAGCUGCUCUAUCGGUACCGACGAUUAAUGGCAAGACGGCUUUCGCGUUAGCUGACGUCUAAAGUGUCAGAGGACGAAAAACCAGCAAGGACGAGACGUAUGAUGUACUGCGAAGUAUCGUAAUUGCAAAAAGCUCGUAGUUAAAACCAUAGUACCCGUCUAGAUAGUGCCGUGACUGCGACCCCCCCCCCGGAGAAGCUAACAUUAGCCAGCUAGCCGAAUGAAAACUUUGGCGGAAGAGGACGCGGGGACCUUCGAGUCUCGCAAAGUUUGACGUGGACAUGAGCGGAGGAUCGGACUCGGUGUGCUGAAAAUCAGGGAAAAGGUGUCUCUAAAUAGAGUCUGGAGAAAUGACGCCCGAUUCACGUCGGUAAAGAUGAUAUGUUAAGGCUUCAUGAUGUAGCUAGCCUAGCUACUAAGUUUGGUCGGGCAACGUUUAGUAUUCCAGUCGUUUCUCUCUCGGUCAUCCUAAUUGCAAUUUUAAAAGUACACACGGCUUAUUUGGCUGGAAUUGUUUUUUCUAUAUGGCGUUAAUUGGCUGAUUUAGUGUGUUUUAUUAACAGUGCUUGGCUAGUUAGCCGCGGGGCAGUAAGUCUUAAUCUAAACGUUACCAUUAAUUAGAAGAUUAAGUACAAAACAAAAUCCAUUUCCCAAAAACAACUAGAUUUUAAUUGAUAAUGGUAAUCUAGCAAGCGUAGUUGCAUUUUAUUACAAAUACUACUAAAGAAAUCUCUGCUUUUAAAAGGGAGCCGACAAUCUUCCUGUCUUAGGAAAAAAAUCUUUUGUCUCGCAGCGUUUUCCACAUUUUUCUUGGAAUCGUAUGAAGUAAAGACGUCUGGUUUACGUUUCUGGUGUAUUUGUUUUUGCAAACAGUCGCUGUUUCGCAGACUCGUGCCAUUCUAAAUCAUUUUACGUAUUUCUUUUUUGUCUCUGGGUGUCUCACUCGUUGCAACAGACAAGGAGUGGAUAAAUAGGAGAAAUAGGCCUGACGCCAUUAAUGUCGUGGUUGCCAGAGGGCUCGGUGGUUUAACACACCUGUUGUGCCCUUCCCGCUUUAGGCGUGUCGUCUGCGCACCUCGAUCGCAGUUCAUGUUGCAUUCGUGGCAUCCUGUGCUCCUUGUUUUCGAAUAAAUAUUCUUUGUAGCUUUUAACACUAAAUUUUAAGGAUAGUCAUAGAUUUUUUUUUUUAAAAGAAGACAAAUUUUGCCAAGUCUCCGUUUUAAUACCAUUAAAUAAUUUAAAUUCUUUUAAAAAUAGAGAGCAAAUAAGCAUGUCAGCUGUUGUAGGACGAGUCUGGGGGUGGGUUGGCCCCGCCCUAUCUUAUCGUCCCUGGGGCAGCAAGCCUGUGAAAGAGGAGGAACAAACUAAAGGCAGAUGGGGUGGGAUGCGCACCUGGUUGUGGCCAGACAAGAAACAAGAAAGUGACCAAAAGGAGUUUACCAAACAAUGCUGGGAGGAGAGAGAGAAGGUCCAACCCAUGGAAAUCGAAGAGCUUCGAGCUGGGAAGCUGGAGUUGGAACCAAAAGCGCAGAGUGCCCCCAGAUGGUGGAGGUACAUCCUGCCUUCGACAUUCUUAUUCUGGCCGAGACUAACUGAAUCGAAAGAGAGAAAAGUACUACAAUACGGGGAAUGGAACGAGGGAGAGUGGGAUCCGGACCAAGAUGCGGGCGAGUCGGACUACGGGACCCCACCUCCUUCCCCCACACCUCUGUCACAGCCUCUGUCUCCCUUUCGCUACUUUGCACAUUCCUGGAAAGUGGAGGUCUUGCCUGAGCACUAUGACAUCUGCUUCAACUUCCUGCGGCACCUGUUUGACCUAUUCGUCGUUGGCUUCCUCUGGACUGUCUCCCCUCCGGUCAGGGUCGUCCUAGAUGUUCUGGGUGUCCAGGGAGCGCUGAAGCUCUGGAUACACGGCAUGGCGAUGUUCUUCGUCUCCACCGUGGGAAUGGCUGGACUCCUGUGGCUCAUCCAGGAGUACCUGCCCCAGUUUGCUCUGGUCUAUGGCGUACUCCAGGUACUGGUCAUCUCUGUCAGCGUGCACCAGAGCACAGUAUCGGGGGAUGGGAAGGAGGCUGAGAGCAAUGAGGAGAGCAAAGCAGAUGGAGAAGGAGAACCUGUGCAAGCAACGGAGGAGUGCAACAAAAAGGCUGCGGCCUAAAAAUGGGCAUGGAACAGUAAGGUUUCGGUGGUUUAUUCAGUUGACCUGAAGGAUCAUCACUGACAAUAAUGAAACUUGACUUUUCAAAUUUCUCCAGAAGAGAAGUACGGGGAACCGAUCUUCUGAAAGAACAACUGUUUCCCCUUGUAUUUAUUUCUGUCUUGUGAACAAACAGUAUCCUCUUGCAGCAACAAUACCACUGUAGCUAAGCACAACGUACGCAUACAAGACUCAACGUGUGCAGUUUGAAACGAUGACACUAAUAACCGAGCCUGGAGGGACCUUCUGAAAUCGACAUUGGGCUGUGAUUCUGCCUUCAGCACUGAGCUUAGGGUGAUAGUUUGUCAUUAUGGACUACAUUUGAGAGAACUCUAUAAACAAAUUUGUUUGAAAACAACAUGAGCUUUGUUUGUAUGUAUGUAUGGAAGAAAAAAACUACUCCAUGUCAUUUGAUAGGUCAUUGAGGUUGAGAAAAAUGUCACAGACCAUGCUUGUGAGAGCUCCCAUUUGCUGACUGUUUAAGUUUGUAGCUUCACUCCUAGCCAUCACUGUGAAACAUAAUGCCAUGUUUUGUGUAUUAACCCCCUCGGCCAGGGGGCCAGGCAUGGAGCCAUACCAAUCCGGCUGACUGCUCUGUCGUGGUUUUUAACGUUGCGAGUUUUAUAACGUGACGGGACACUGUGGCACUCGGCAUCGUAUAGCUCUAUUAAGGGGAUUUUUGUGAACCAGUCCCAGUAGCACCUAACGUCCCUGACAUGAAUAUUAUUACUCUUUGUAUGUGUGAAGAAAUAUCUCAGAAUUAAGCGUUACAUUUUCUGUUGGUUUGAUAUGACAUUGAAAGCCACUUGCUUUUUUUGGAAUGAUCCCAACUUUCACUUCAUGUUCUUUUCAGUUUUAUAUCUAUGUGCAAAUCUUCACGUAUCUGUUGUGUGUCUUAAGAUGCGCAUUCAUUGCAUGUCCAGAUCUGCCUUCCUUUGUGUGAAUUUACUCAAUGAUAGACUAAUAUGCUCCACUGUAAUGUUGUAUAAAAUAUAUCAUAUGAAAAA